AGUAAGAGAUGACUCAACAGCUCUCCAAUAUAAGAUACCCUGAUGGAGGCAACCCAUGUCAACGAUUCAAGCACCAAGCGAGGUAAGGUUUCACUCUCAGCCUCUAUUUGAAAAAACUUAUUUACUUUUAAAGGAAUUUCCCACUCUGUUACCAUCACAAGCGCCGUUUAUCUAUUUGAGUAUAUUUGUCUUUGAUCAGAAUAAAACCUUGUUGGAUUUUGAGAUGCUUUAGUUCAUAGAUUAUACAGAAGCAUGUUGUGUAAAUACAAUUUGGUGUUGCUUUAUCAUGCCUGAUAUACUUUCGAACGACAAAAAAACAAAAAGGUACUCAUAAAAAAAAAAAAUAAAAAAUGUUAGCUACAGUCUGAACUUUGAUCGUGUUACAGGUUGGGGAAAACCAGAGAUCUCUGUUACAAAUAUUUGCUGGUACAAUAAUGAAACAAAAUGUAUCCAAUUUUUAAAGUGAAAGACAGAAAGAGCUUAAUUCUGACAAUCACUAAUAUGACUUUUUCCCAUUUCUAUAAAGGAAAAUAUGACUAUGGACUACACAUGGGUGAUCCUGUUUUCCUUGCUUCAUGUUCUAACUGUGGGUACAGGAAUGCCUUUGCCAGAAGACAAGAGCAAUAUUGAUCAAAUAAUAAGAACACUAAUGGUUAGACUGAAAAUAUUGAAGACGACUCAACACUUGAUUGUCACCCCUCCCACUGAACUGCAAGGGUUUUCAUCCAUAGUAGAAUCCCUGAAAGCCUACAACAGGUCGAUCUCUGAUAACUUGAUGGAUGUUAGCCAAGUCAAAACUGACAUCUCUAAAUUGGCUAACACCAUCACCAACGAAUGGAUGAACUGCACGGCAAGAACACCAGAAAUCAUACUUCCCAAGCGGCUGCGUGACCUCCAGGAGAAGGACCCUAACCUUUUUGAAAGCGUGACGGAAAUGGCGGUCCAUGGCUUGAAAGAGAUCCUCAAACUGCUCCAGGAAAAUUUUGAUAGUAUUGCAUCUUGCUGAAAAAUGGACACCUUUGAUAAUGGGGCAACAUCUGGAUGAAUGACUUACUGCAAUGUGAAGAACUUUAGAGUCAUGAAACUUGAUAAAAAGCCCUUUAAAAAGCAGGCCAUUUAUCAUGUGCAAAGAUUUGUAAACUCUGCACUAGCAUGAUGAGGUGGAAUUUAAUACAAUCUUAAUUGUAUUUUUAAAAGGCACUUAUUUUUAUGUAGAAUAUAUGUAUGUCUUGUAUUUAUUUAUUUUCCUACUUAUUUAAUCAAAGCAAUUUAAGGGACAAGCUCUCAGUGAGAGUGUUUAGUCAAGUCUAAAUGAUUUU